UUUCCCAGAAAACCAUGCGGGAAGUUGGGUGUCAUCAGCCAGACACCGGUGGCGUGGGUUUCCCUUGUCAAACUGGAAACUAUUUCAAGUGUUUCUUCUGUCUAAACAACUGUAUAGUAAAAAAAAGCUGGUAGAUCGUGUCAAAAUGGCGGAGCGGAAGGGAACAGCAAAGUUGGACUUCUUGAAAAAGAUUGAACUUGAGAUCCAGGAGAAAUGGGAGAAAGAGAAAGCGUUUGAACGUGAUGCACCAACAACAGUUGGGGAAAGUACAAACAAAAACAAGUACUUUGUCACCUUCCCCUAUCCAUACAUGAAUGGCCGAUUGCACCUGGGCCAUACGUUCAGUUUGUCAAAGUGUGAGUUUGCAGUUGGCUACCAGUCUCUGAAAGGGAAGAAAUGCCUCUUCCCAUUUGGGUUGCACUGCACAGGAAUGCCAAUCAAAGCCUGUGCAGACAAGCUGAAGAGAGAGAUGGAGCUGUAUGGAAACCCUCCACAGUUUCCUGAUGAAGAGGAAGAGGAGAAGGAGAAACCAAAGACAUCUGAUGAAAUCAUCAUCAAGGACAAAGCAAAGGGCAAGAAGAGUAAAGCAGUGGCCAAAUCCGGAACAUCUACUUUCCAGUGGGACAUCAUGAGGUCUUUGGGCCUGAAUGACCGGGAGAUUGCUGAGUUUGCCAGUGCUGAACACUGGCUGGAGUACUUCCCUCCUCUGGCUGUGAAAGACCUCAAACAGAUGGGAGUCAAGGUGGACUGGAGACGUUCAUUCAUCACCACAGAUGUGAACCCCUUUUAUGACUCCUUCGUCAGGUGGCAGUUCAUCACUCUGAAAGAGAGAAAAAAGAUCAAAUUUGGCAAAAGGUAUACAAUCUACUCCCCCAAGGAUGGACAGCCAUGCAUGGACCAUGACAGGCAGACAGGAGAGGGAGUUGGACCUCAGGAGUACACGCUCAUCAAGAUGAAAAUUGUUGAACCGUACACAGCAAAAUUCAAGUCCAAAGUCUUUUACAGCAGUGGCAUGAAAGGCAAAAACAUCUUCCUGGUGGCAGCCACUCUGAGACCAGAGACCAUGUUCGGUCAGACCAACUGCUGGGUGAGGCCCGACAUGAAGUAUGCUGCCUUUGAGACAAGCAGCGGAGACAUCUUCAUCUGCACCAGUAGGUCUGCCAGGAACAUGUCUUACCAGGGCUUCACCAAAGAGAAUGGAGUGGUGCCAGUGGUCAUGGAAAUACUGGGACAGGAUAUCCUUGGUUGUGCCCUGAGUGCUCCUCUGACCUCCUAUAAGAUCAUCUAUGCUCUGCCCAUGCUCACCAUCAAGGAGGACAAAGGCACGGGGGUGGUUACCAGCGUGCCUUCCGACGCUCCUGAUGACAUCGCCGCUCUCAGAGACAUCAAGAAAAAACAGGCACUUCGGGAGAAGUAUGGAAUCGAGGACAAGAUGGUGUUGCCUUUUGAGCCAGUCCCGAUCAUAGAGAUACCAGGCUACGGGAACCUGUCUGCUCCUUUGGUGUGCGAUGAGCUGAAGAUCCAGAGCCAGAAUGACAAGGAGAAGUUGGCUGAGGCCAAAGAGAAAGUGUACCUGAAGGGAUUUUAUGAAGGGAUCAUGCUGGUCGAUGGCUACAAAGGGCAGAAAGUCCAGGAUGUCAAAAAACCCAUCCAGAAGUUGAUGGUUGAGAGGGGCGAAGCCAUGAUCUACAUGGAGCCAGAAAAACAGGUUAUGUCACGUUCAGCUGAUGAGUGUGUGGUGGCUCUCUGUGACCAGUGGUAUUUGGACUAUGGGGAUGCAGAGUGGAAGCAGCAGGCCAACGAAGUCCUCAAGCCUUUGGAGACAUUUUGUGAGGAGACCAGGAGAAACUUUGAAGCAACUUUGGCUUGGCUACAGGAACAUGCCUGCUCUCGUACCUACGGACUCGGAACGCGGCUGCCUUGGGAUGAGCAGUGGCUGAUUGAGUCGCUAUCGGACUCCACCAUCUACAUGGCUUACUACACUGUAGCCCACCUCCUCCAGGGAGGUGUGCUCAACGGACAGGGAGCCUCACCACUGGGCAUCAAGCCCGAGCAGAUGACCAGAGAGGUGUGGGACUUUAUCUUCUUUAAGACUUCUCCUUUCCCCAAGACAGCCAUCCCUAAGGAGCAUCUACAGAGACUGAGGAGGGAGUUUGAGUACUGGUACCCUGUUGACGUCCGUGUGUCCGGCAAAGACCUGGUGCCCAACCACCUGUCUUACUACCUGUACAACCAUGUGGCUAUGUGGCCUAAUGACAAGAGGAAGUGGCCACAAGCUGUGCGAGCCAACGGACAUCUGCUUCUCAACUCUGAAAAGAUGUCCAAAUCAACUGGAAACUUCCUCACUCUCACCCAAGCAAUUGACAAGUUCUCAGCAGACGGAAUGCGUCUGGCUCUGGCAGACGCUGGGGACACGGUGGAGGACGCCAACUUUGUGGAGACCAUGGCUGACGCUGGUAUCCUGCGCCUCUACACAUGGGUGGAGUGGGUGAAGGAGAUGAUUGCCAACCAGAACAAUCUGAGGACAGGACCUGCUGACACGUUCAACGAUCGGGUCUUUGCCAGCGAGAUGAAUGCAGGCAUCUUGAAGACAGAGCAGCACUACGACAGGAUGAUGUACAAGGAGGCUCUGAAGAGUGGCUUCUUUGAGUUCCAGGCAGCCAAAGAUAAGUAUCGUGAGCUGGCUAUCGAGGGCAUGCACAGAGACCUUGUCUUCCAGUUCAUAGAGAGACAAACUCUGCUGCUGGCGCCCAUCUGCCCACACCUUUGUGAGUACACCUGGGGUCUGCUGGGCAAGACCGGUUCUCUGAUGAAGGCAUCGUGGCCCGUGGCAGGUCCGGUGGACGAAAUUCUGAUUCGUUCCUCUCAGUACCUGAUGGAGACGGCCCACGACCUCCGGCUGAGACUCAAAGCAUACAUGCAGCCGCCCAAAAACAAAAAAGGUGACUCAAAAGCUCCAGGCAAACCCUCCCACUGCACCAUCUAUGUCGCCAAGAGCUACCCUCCAUGGCAGCACAGUGCCUUAUCCCUGCUUGGCAAGCAUUACAAGAGCAACAAUGGUGUCCUUCCAGACAACAAAGUGAUAGCAAGCGAGUUGGGAGCCCUGCCCGAACUGAAGAAAUACAUGAAGAGAGUCAUGCCUUUUGUAGCCAUGAUCAAGGAGAACCUGGAGAAGAAUGGGCCAAGGGUCUUGAAUCUCGAGCUGGAGUUUGAUGAGCGGUCAGUUCUGAUGGAGAACCUCGUCUACUUAACCAAUUCUCUCGAGUUGGAACAGAUAGACGUCUUGUUUGCAUGUGAGGCUGAUGACAAAGUGAAGGAGGACUGUUGCCCAGGGAAACCGUUCAGCAUUUUCAGAUCAGAGCCUGGAGUGUGUGUUUCUCUGGUCAACCCUCAGCCAUGCAACGGGCUGUUUUCUACAAAGGUUGAUAUCCGACAGGGGGACAGUGGAGACAACAUCAUCCGUAGGCUAGCCAAGGUCAAUAGACUCAUCAAAGAUCUGUCCAGGGUGAAGCUGAUGCGGUAUGAGGACCCUGUGCUCGGGCCUCGCCGGGUGCCCAUCCUGGGACACGAGGAACAGGGCAAGCUGCCCAUCUCCAACAAAUCUUUGUUCAACAUCAAUCUGGAGGAGAAGAAGGUCACUCUGGCCGACAAUGGCCUUACUGUGGACAUCGGGGACACUCUGGUUUAUCUGGUUGAAUAGAGAUAAACAUUCACUCUCUGUCACACAUGCAGGCACAUGGGGGGAGGGGCAUUCAGCAGUGAAUCAUUUGCAAAAGGUUCAAAUGCAUCAUGACAUGUUACAGUAAAAUGGGACAUUUUGACUCAAAGCCAUAAAACACUGAGUCAAACUAUAUGUAUGUUUUAUAAUGUGUUUCUGUACUGCACCAUUUCCUACUGCACAUGGUGUUUGAUGUGACAGGUUCUCAAUGUUUUUCACCGCUGAAUGCAACCACAUGAAAUAUUUGAAACUAAUGGGACCUGAAAAGUUUGCCUCCGUCUCCUUUUUCAAAUAAUAAAAACAAAAGGAACGCUGAUACACUAUUGGGUCUUUGCCACCUAAAUGAGGUUUUUUGAUGGUGUGAGGGGAAAAAAAUAUUUCUUUGAAAAUAUUGCAAACUUUCCUUCAAGGAUUUGGUAUGGAAUUAUCUCACCAGAAGUCUGUUCUGUCUUUUCAUUGUCUGUUUGAUUCAAGUUAAGUCUCACAGUAUUUUUCCUGUCUGAAAUAACAAUAAAUAAGCAACCAUCUUAGUCAUGAACCUGUUAAAGAGGGUUUUUUGUUUUGUUUUUUUUUUUUUCUGAAAGCAUCAAACAUCUACCAUCAUGUCCAAUCUUGUUACUCGCCAACCGCUUAUUUUAUGUGUACAUUGUCAGACUGCGUGUGCACCCUCUGGAAUGUCUGUUGUUUUCAUAUAGAUGGUAAUGUACCUGCUGUGGUGUUUUAUACACUGAGGGUGAGGCUUAUUGUUCCCUCACGUUUUGUCUGCCUGUCAGACAGCUUUCCUAUUUUCUAGCUGAGGAUGGUGCUUGUCUGGCUUUUUCAGAGAAAUAAUAAAACCUAUGAGAUAUUCAGCUU